CAUUUACUUAUGAAUUGUUUUGUGUGAUGUUCCUAUCGUGACCCGGAAGUAAGCAGAACCAGGCCGCGCUAGCAUGCUAGCAGCGUUAGCUUGUGUCGAGACGACGGUGGUGUUUUGGCUGGAUGUUUGUGAUGUUUUCAGAAAGAAAGGACGAUACGUGGUUCGGUUCCGAACAAUCCUCUUUAGCUAAAGUGUCGUAAAUGAGUGAAUACGACUGAGUGAAUACGUGUUGAACGUAAAGACGACGUGGCUGUGAUUGUGAAACUAGCAGAUGAUCGGAGCUGCUGCUGUUCAGAGGACUUUGGUGUUUGUUGGAGCUGAAGAUCUUCUGCAGCUGCAGGAACCAUGUCUUCAUUUGCUCAGAAAGAGUCUGUCAGAGAACAACUUUCUGCUGCUGAAGAAACCUUCAGACUCUGUGAAGGAACCAUCGUCCAGAAUGAGAAUGAGGAGCUCUGUGGUCAGCGCAGACUGCUGGAUAUCACCUGGAACCCGCAGCUUCAGCUCCACGUUGCAGUCCUCCCCGACCAUUGGGUGACUGAAGAGGAAGAUCUCAGCAACCAGCAGAGGAACUUCAGAGAGGAACAAGAGGAUAUAGAACCUCCACAGACUAAAGAGGAACUGAACAAAUCAGAACCUCAACAGAUUGAAAUGAAACAGGAGAAAACAGAACCUUCACAGAUUAAAGAGGAAAUGAAGGAACCAGAACAUCCACAGGUUGAAAUUAAACAGGAGGAAACAGAAACUCCUGAGAUUAAAGAGGAGCAGGAGGAACCAGAAGCUCCUGAGAUUAAAGGGGAACAGGAGGAACCAGAACCUCCUGAGAUUAAAGAGGAACAGGAGGAAUCAGAACUUCCAUGGGUUAAAGAGGAGCAAGAACACAUCUGCAUCAGUCAGGAUGAAGAGCAGCUUGAUCUAAAGCAGGAGAUUGAUACCUUGAUGGAGAUUCCUUCAUAUGAGGAAAAUGAUCACAGUGAAACAGAUCUAAACAAUCAGAAGAGGUUCAGUGUAACUGAGAGUCAGGAUGAAGAAGGAAACCAACAUGAAGAAUCAUCAUCAACUACAGAUGAAGAGACAGACCAACAGAUCAGAGAUCAGAGGAAGAAAAGAGACAGAAGUCAUGUCCAAAGAGUGGACAGCUCUCACAUGUCAGCAAGUUCAUGUGACUCUGAUGUUAGAAAAAAAUCCAAGAAAGAAACUUCAGUUGAGAAGCUCAAACAAUCUCCAAAAGAAAAGAGACUUUCCUCUGUUAAGUCUGGUAAAAGAAAAAUAAUUGCACACAAUGCGUCUCCCCACAUGAGAGCUGAGUCUGAUGGAAGACCUUACGUCUGCAAAGAAUGUGGUAAAUGUUUUGGUUACU